AUGGCCGACGCAAUUGCAAAUGAUGACAAUGGUACUAGCUUUGCCCUGAACGGCAAGAAUGUUUCCUACCGUUUCCAUGUCGACGAGAGUAACGGUGAUCUUCGAACGGAUCAUUUUGGGGGCAGCAUAACAGGCCCCAUUCCUGCAGACCCCGCACCGGUGGUCGAUGGUUGGACAGGUAUGCCCGAUCGUGUGCGUCGUGAAUUUCCUGACCAGGGCCGUGGUGACUUUCGAGUUCCCGCCAUACGGAUUCGCCAGUCGGAGGGUCACACUGUGUCAGCUCUCCAGUACCAAUCCUACGAGAUAGUUAAGGGAAAGCCAGAGCUGCCAGGACUGCCAGCUACCUUUGGUAAUCAUGGGGAUGUUACAACCUUGGUGGUUCAUUUAUAUGAUAAGUAUAGCCAGAUUGCGGUGGACCUGGUAUACUCGGUAUUUCCUCUGUACGAUGCCAUUGUGCGGAGUGUUAGGGUUACAAACAAGGGCAAUCAAGAGAUUAGUAUCGAAGCGCUAGCUAGCUUUAGUGUCGACUUUCCAUAUGAGAAGUUUGAUAUGAUUGGCCUUCGAGGCGACUGGGCGAGAGAAGCCCAUCGACAGAGGCGAAAGGUUGAGUACGGCUUACAGGGCUUCGGUAGUACAACGGGUUUCUCAUCUCACCUACACAACCCUUUUGUCGCCCUGGUACAUGCCUCCACCACCGAAUCCCAAGGAGAGGCAUGGGGAUUCUCACUAGUCUACACAGGAUCCUUCUCCGCGAGCGUCGAGAAAGGCUCCCAAGGCUUGACUCGCGUUCAGCUAGGUUUCCAUCCCAAUCAGCUGUCCUGGUCUCUGUGCCCCAAUGAGACUCUUACCUCCCCAGAGUGUGUAGCAGUCUAUUCCAAGGACGGUAUUGGAGGCAUGUCUCGCUCGUUCCAUCGUCUGUACCGAAAUCACCUCAUGAAGAGCAAGUUCGCGACGGAUAAUAGACCGGUGUUGCUGAACAGCUGGGAGGGCCUAUACUUUGAUAUUGACAAAAGAAGUAUGUAUCAUCUCGCGGAAGAAUCAGCAGCCUUGGGGGUUAAGCUGUUAGUGAUGGAUGACGGUUGGUUUGGAGACAAAUACCCGCGCAUUUCAGACACGGCCGGACUAGGAGACUGGGUACCAAAUCCAGCACGGUUCCCCGAAGGUCUGGCGCCUCUAGUGAAUAAAAUUACCUCUCUGAAGGUCACAGGCUCGUCAACCAACCUCAGGUUUGGUAUCUGGGUCGAGCCCGAGAUGGUCAACCGAAACUCGACCUUGUAUCAAGAACAUCCUGACUGGGUACUUCACGCUGGUCAAUACCCGCGCACUGAACAGCGAAACCAACUAGUGCUAAACCUGGCGCUUCCUGAAGUCCAGAAUUUUAUCAUCGACUCUAUCUCCGAUAUCCUCAAAUGUGCAGAUAUCACGUAUGUGAAGUGGGAUCACAACCGGGGCAUAGGGGAGAUGCCUUCCCCAAGCACGAACCACGCGUACAUGCUCGGGAUGUACCAUGUUUUGCAUGCGUUGACAUCGCGAUUUCCCGACAUUCUUUGGGAAGGGUGCGCCUCCGGUGGUGGUCGAUUUGACCCUGGAAUCCUGCAGUUUUUCCCUCAGGUUUGGACGUCCGACAACAGUGACGCCGUUGAGCGCGUCUUCAUCCAAUUCGGUACGAGCCUAGCCUACCCAGCGAGUGCUAUGGGCGCCCAUAUUUCUGGUGUUCCCAACCAUCAAACUGGUCGCACUAUCCCGCUCGUAUUUCGUGCCCAUGUAGCCAUGAUGGGGGGCUCUUUUGGCUUGGAACUUGUUCCGGCAGAUAUGCAACCGGCAGAGAAGGCUGCAAUCCCUGGGUUGAUUGCAUUGGCCGAAAAGGUCAACCCGAUCAUUUUGACGGGAGACAUGUGGCGACUCAGCCUUCCUGAGGAUUCAAACUGGCCAGCUGCUUUAUUUAUAUCGGCAGAUGGCUCACGCGCAGUCCUAUUUUUCUUCCAGCUUAGUCCUUAUGUCAAUCAUACAAUGCCGCGCGUCAGAUUGCAGGGAUUGGACCCCCUUAGUACGUACCGUGUCGACGGUGAGGGGCCGUACACUGGGGCAAUGUUGAUGAAUCUCGGGCUGCAGUAUUCCUUCCAAACAGACUAUGCGAGCAAGGUCGCUUUUUUGGAGAAAGCGAAGCAGUAGUGAACAUGCAACGAGAGGAUGUCGGGUAGGAACUGAAGGUUGGAGUCGAAGGAUACCUUCAAGAUUGGUGGGAAAAAGAAUGUAUCAUCUAUCCACUGCCCUCUUCUGGCAAUCUUGCCUUGAUUGAGGCUUUCCUCGAGAUGUUACAUGCAUACUUGGUUUACAUCCUCACGCAAAUGUCCGCAUGCUUAGCGGCGCCAUAGUAUCCAUUCCUUGGACACCGCAUAACAUAAUUUGACGAUAAUGAAUAAACCUGAGCUGAGACACGAGUCAAGCAGGCCCCUGGACCUUUCGAACAAG